AUGAGAAGAUACAACCUUAAGGUGCUUGGGAUCAGUGAAACACACUGGACGCAAGUUGGGCAACAACGACCAGCUUCAGGGGAGCUUCUGCUUCACUCCGGCCAUGAGGAAGAAAAUGCCCCACAUACACAAGGAGUAGCAUUGAUGCUGUACAAACAAGCACAAAAUGCACUCAUAGGAUGGGAAUCUCAUGGACCAAGGAUCAUCAAAGCCUCGUUCAAGACAAAGAAAGAGGGCAUUUCAAUGAACAUCAUCCAAUGCUAUCUGCCUACCAACGACUACAAUGAAGACGCUAAUGACCGAUUCUACGAUAGGCUGCAGUCAAUCGUCGAGAAGUGCCCAACAAAGGACCUGACCAUUCUGAUGGGAGAUUUCAAUGCCAAGUUUGGAAUGGGCAACACCGGAUAUGAAUACAUCAUGGGACGACAAGGACUGGGAGAAAGGAACAAAAAUGGUGAGAGAUUUGCAAUCACUUCAACAUGUCAUGAGGUCCUGGGUCACAAGAAGCACCAUCACAAGGAAUGGAUCACUGUUGAUACACUGGGUAAGAUUCAAGAAAGGAGGAACAAGAAGGCAGCAAUCAAUACCAGUCGAACAAGAGCAGAAAAAGCCAAGGCACAAGCUGAAUACACAGAAGUAAACAAACAAGUGAAGAGGAGCAUCAGAACUGACAAACGUAAAUAUGUGGAAGAUUUAGCAACGACA